UAUGGAGACUGGGUAUAACUCAUGUUUUGGAUGCUGCACAUGCACGCUACAUUCAUGAUGCUCUCAGCACAACAGAUGGCGCCCCCUGGAGGAGGUCCCCGUUGCACGGCACAGACACAGCGGCUCGCAGAAUGUGUUGUACGCGCAGACGUCUAGCAUCAGCGGAGCUCUGAGAUGCUCAGUGGUAUCGUGUGACCGAACAGCGUCAUAAAGAGCACCUGUUUGUGUGGAUCACGGCGUGCCAAACCCGUUAUGCAUAGCCUACUGAAGCCUGGGGAAAACAGCAGAAACGCAUCUUCACGGGCAUACUGAUCUGACCUGGGUCAAUUCUGAAGAAUGACAGCUCAGAAAAAUAAACACGGACUCCUGGCUAUUAAGGAGUUAGAGAAUAUUCUGGACACAUGCACACUUGAUCUAAAUCCAGUCGACGAGGUCUGGCCGAACUUGUACAUCGGAAACGUGGCCAUUGCUCAAAAUAGAAAUGCUUUGAAGAAAAUGGGCAUCACUCAUGUCUUAAAUGCUGCCCAUUCCAAGCAAGGCAGCAUUGGGGACCAGAGUUAUUACGGCAAUACAAUUGUGUAUUAUGGCAUCCCAGCAGAUGACUCUUCAUCAUUUGAUCUUAGUGUAUACUUUAAACCUGCUUCUGAUUUCAUCCACAAAGCCUUGAGGAAGAAGAAUGGAAAGGUGCUUGUUCAUUGCAUCAUGGGAAUGAGUCGGUCUGCCACUCUGGUUCUAGCGUACCUUAUGCUGUGUCAGCGUUUUACUCUCCACACUGCCAUCCAAACAGUUGUACUGCGAAGAGCAAUCUAUCCUAACAGGAACUUUUUGAGCCUUCUCCUGGAUUUGGACAUUCAGCUACAGAGAAAGCGAAUGCUGUGUCCUAUUCUCUGACAGAAAAACACAAAUGUCAUGAGCACACAAAUGCACAUGCAUUCAUUUUAUAUAACUAAAAGAUGUACUUGAAGGACCCCAUAACCCGACCUACCAAAACCGUAACAAAACAGCAUUAACCCCCAAAAACCUCGAGGAGAGAAACUAAUUCCCCUGGACUGGCUCUUCCUGUCGUCACCCUGACAGCGUGACCUGCAGCUGUGCAGCCGAGCCAGAGGAGCAGGACCAACACAAGUCCCCGGACACACAUCGCUUUCAGAGAACAUUCAAUUAAGACAAUACUUUGCUUCCUGAUUAGCUGCUUGGCAUACAGUGUACGAUGAUAAAUCAUGGAAACAGUCGAGAAGAGAAACAGAGAACAGACGCAAGCAGCUAAGCCAAGGGUGUGUAUAUAUUCUCAGCUAAGUUAAGUCAUCUCCUGAUUUGACUGUAGAAGAACCAGAGGCACAGAGGGGGUGAUGUUGAUGACCACAUUAGUGUCACAAAAGUGCUCUGGAAAGCAGAAGCAUCUGUACAUGAUUACAUUGUGUCAGUGUUUUCUCAGGGAAGACUGUCAAGCCUGACAUAUCAUGGAUAAGAAGAACAAACACAAAUCAGCCCAGCAGCAACAUAUAUUUUGGCUAAAACAAACCACUUUGAAGAAACAGCAAUAGUAAAGCAGAACUAAAAUACAUACUUUCUUUUACCUUUUUAAAUGCUUUUGAAAAAGGUCUGUUAU